AUUCCUGGUGUCUGUUGGCCGUGCUGCGGUGGAUGAUGCGAAGGCGAGCUGUCAAACUGGAAAUAUGAAAAUCAUUUACGAGUGCAAAUUCUGACCCAAAACUAGAGAAGGAAAUUGCGUUCUAAAUCGACCCCAACAACGAUUGUUUCGCCACAAAAGAGCAUUAUUCCUUCGGAGCGCAAAAAGCCAGCCAGAUUCCAAGAGUCGCGCAGUCAUGAAGAUCACCAUCAAAACAUUGAAGCAGGAGGCGUUCCACAUCGAGGUGGACGUCGAAAAGGACACGGUCCGGACGCUCAAGGAGAAAUUCUUCCACGAGAGCAAACAGGACUAUCCGGUCGAGCGGCAGCGGCUGAUCUACCUGGGCAAAAUAAUGGAAGACGAGCAGCCGCUUAGUCACUACAACCUGGACGACAAGAAGUUUGUUGUGGUUAUGAACAAGAAGCCCACGACGGCCCCGGCGGAACCAGCUGCCGCUAGCAGUACCGCCGCGACCGCAACGGCAGAGAAGAGCACGACAAAGAGCAGUGAGAGUGGGUCGCCCCAGACGGCGGCUGCUGCUGCUGCAGCAGGUAGCUCCGCCACGAGUGCCACCGCAAAGGCACCCGAGGAGAAGCCCAAGCCGGCGGAAAAGACGGAGGAGGCGAAACCGAAGGAGGACAAAAAGCCAGAGGAACCGCCCAAGGAUGACAUCGAAGUUAAGAUUCAGAGGAUAACGGAGAUGGGCUACUCGAUAGAGGAAGCCCGCAUCGCGCUGGAGAUCUGUGACAACAAUCCGGAUCGUGCCGUAGAAUAUCUGCUUUCGGAGAUAGCCACCAGCUCGAUGGGUGGAGGCGGAGGUGGUGGCGGCAACGACGGUGGCAGCGGUGCCGUCUCCGGUGGCGCAACCCAGGAAAGCAGACUGGCCUUCCUGCGGGAGCACCCGACCUUUCUCGAAAUGAAACGCUUGCUGCAGGAAGAUCCCAGCCUGUUGCCUCAUCUGUUGCAGAAAAUCCAAUCCAGCAAUCCGGAUCUGAUGCGCAUCAUCUCCGAGAACCAGGUAGAAUUUCUAACGCUGAUCAACGAGGGCACAGAAGAACCGACCGGUCGGAUGGGGGUCCCACGGGAACUGGAAACAACAGCCGCCGCCAUGGUGGAUAGCUUGACCCAAUCCGAUAUGGAUGCGAUCGAUCGACUGAAGGCGCUGGGAUUUCCAGAGCAUUUGGUUAUUCAGGCGUAUAUUGCAUGCGAGCGGAACGAAUAUCAAGCAGCGGAUUUUCUUGUCUCGCAGACCAUGGACGAUGACGACUAAGCGAAAUAUCCCCUUUCCUCCUCUCUCCUCUGAAAAUGCGAUUGAAAGUAAGUUUGACUGGAAUUUAUUUUAUUACAAAAAAUACCCACGAUCCAUCAUGUUUCCAUCGUCCAUUCUUAUCCCGGUUUCCCCAUAUUCCUGUUUAUAAACCCAGCCAUGGGUUUCUUACUAAUUAAGAACACACAAUAGUUGCUUGCCUUUGUGAUGGUAAAGAGAUAUUACCUUUGUUUCAUUACGCCCUGCAAUGCCCACAGUCACAGUUUCGCGUUUGACAGCUUUUGGUACUUUCUAUUGUUUUCUAGAUUCAGUUUUGAUGAUGAUGAUGGUGGUUAAGUAAACGAUUAGCUCUACUACUAAAAAUGGCAUAAUGAAACAAGUAAUUGUAGAACAACUAAAAUUUAAAUGAAUACCUAAACGUUUAUUGAAUGAAAUACAAACCAGAACAAAAAAACUAUCCAUUCUUGAAAUUUUUCCCCAAAUAAAAUUUAAGGACUAUUGUA